AUGGAGACACCCCUUCCCUUUGGGUGGAAGCCUCUCAACAUCGACCGUUACGAUGACACUACUGACCUAGAUGAGCACAUCGACCUAUACGUCACACAGGUAAAUUUGUACACUAACGAGGAUGCUAUUAUGUGUAGGGUUUUUCCGACCUCACUCAAGGGGGCAGCACUCGCUUGGUACACUCAGUUGCCGCCAUGGUUGGUCGAUAGCUUUGACACUCUAGUAAGGCGAUUCACGGUGCAGUAUGCAACAAGUCAACCUCAUCACAUCACAUCCGCCGCCCUGGCCAGCCUCAGGCAAGGCGAUGAUGAGCCACUAAGGACGUUCAUGGAACGCUUUGCUAGCAUCUCGGUCAAAAUCCAAAACCUAAACCUCGAGGUCGCCCUACACGCCAUGCUCAUGGCACUCAAACUAGGACCCUUCGUUGACAGCCUGUGUCGGCGACCUCCACCAGACAUGGACGAACUCCGUGCCCAAGCUACAGGGUAUAUUCAUAUUGAAGAGCACUCUACUUUCUGCGACCAAGUUCGUGGAAAAUCUCAGGCGAAGCCAGACCACGGCUACAAAGACAAGAUGAAGGUCACCAAUGACAGCCAAUUCAAGAAGGCUUCUAGGGAAAACAAAGGAGGGAGGUAUGACUUCUACACCCUCUUGAAUGCGCCCCGAGUACACAUCCUGGAAGAGGCCAGCAAUGCCAACCUGCUCACUCUGCCACCACCCGGACACAGUCCCAACAGUGCGGACAAAUCCAAGCAUUGCUGA